AUGGAUAGGAGAAAUGUAAAUCCUGGGCCUGCACAUGGCGCUCCUCGAAACCGCCCAUUCCCAGAAUCGGCUAGUGAAGCACUUACACAGGUAUCCAAACACUGCAGUCAGAUAGGGCAACAAAAAUGGCGUUCGACUAUUGUACAGAGGUAUAACGAGCUGCAGUUACUGCUAGAUAACGAUUUAUUUUGGAUAACACCAGAUAGGCGUGGAACCCGUUUAAACCCCAUACAACAACUUUGCCUUGCACAGAUGCUCUGUAAGUAUUUUAAUGAAAAAGAAAGUGAAUCACGUAGUCAUCAGUAUGCGAACUUCGAAACAAUAUUUUGCGGACGCGAGGGAGAAACGCUUCUGCAUGAAGUGAGGAUAAAUAUUUUACAAAAACUGUGUUCACUUGCAGUCCAAUAUCCGUGCUAUUCUGUCUUUGAUCUCAUAUCAGUUUGGCUUCGAAAGAUUGGUGAUGGCCGUUCCUAUGCACAAGAGUUCGUUACCCAUCUUGUUGAACAAUUUAUUCUCGCACCUCUCAAUUGGAAUUUGUAUCUUCAUUUAUUGCCUUUAAUCAACAAGUCCGAAGAAUUUGUUGCUUAUUUCGUCACCUAUUCGGUGAACCUGUCGACGGUGCAGUCUCCUCUAAUAAAAGUUUUGGAAAGCUGGCUUUCUGAAACUCAGGGUUCAAAAAUAUUAUCUCUCAUUCGGGAUAAUGCAACUCUUGCAAAAUUUUUUGCUGAGAAUACAUUCGGAAAUUUGGUCGUCUAUGAUUGUUUAGCCGGGGACUCUUGUGAAAAUGCACUACACGGUGUUAUUGCCGAAGUAUAUGUGGAUUGGUCAGACAAACCAAUCCUGCAGGUUUUACCGGCUCUACAAGCGGCAGCAGUGGCUAAUCUGAAUUUAAAUAGUGGGACCCUUUCGUAUCACAUUCAUCUCGCGCAAAAACGCGGUUUCUUAACGUCAAAGGAUAUAACUUCGUUUUUAGAAGUCCCGGAAAUGAAGUCUGCAUAUGAAUACAUAUUGAACGUUAGAACGUAG